GUUUUCUGUCAGCUAACGGAUAUCAGCUACAGCCACAAAAAAAAAUCUUCCAAUGAGAAUUCCACUCUUUUCAUGGCUUUUCUUGAUGCUCAUGAUAUGCUCACUUUCCAUCGGCUUAUGUAUCUUUGCCGUGUCUGGCCAAUGCCUUGGCAAUCAGCAAUCCUUGCUGCUCCAAUUGAAGAAUAGCCUUAUAUUUGGAGGUGCUUCAUCCACAAAACUAGUGCACUGGAAUCAAAGUGUCGAUUGCUGUUCAUGGGUAGGUGUAAGCUGCAACGAGGGGCGUGUUAUCGGUCUCGACCUGACCAAUGAAUCCAUCUCUGGUGGACUUGAUAAUUCAAGCAGCCUCUUUGGUCUUCAAUAUCUCCAGCACUUGGGUUUGGCUUCUAACAACUUUUCUUCCGAGAUUCCAUCCCAAUUUGACAAGCUCAUGAACUUGAGGUAUUUGAACCUAUCAAAUGCUUGUUUUACGGGGCAGAUUCCAAUUGCAAUUUCGCACUUGACAAGGUUGGUUACUCUUGAUUUAUCUACUGAUUACUUCAAAUGCGAAUCUCAUUAUUCAUUGAAACUUGAGAGCCCAAAUCUAAAAAUGCUGGUUCAAAACCUUUCGGAGCUUAUGGAACUUCAUCUUGAUCGUGUCAAUAUAUCAACACAGGGGUAUGAGUGGGGCACUGCCUUAUCAUCUUCACUACCAAAGCUUAGAGUGUUGAGCUUAACAGAUUGUCUUCUUUCGGGGCCUCUUGAUUCCUCGUUAACAAAUCUUCAGUCUCUCUCAAUUAUUCGUCUUGAUGAUAACGAUUUUGAUUCUCCAGUUCCAGAAUCUUUUGCAGAUUUCAAAAAUUUGACAUCCUUGAUUCUCUCUUUUUGUCGGAUGAAUGGAACUUUUCCAGAAAAGAUCUUUCAAAUUCCAACACUGGAAACGCUUGACUUAUCAAGUAAUUAUCGUCUUCAGGGUUCGUUGCCAGAAUUUCCUUCCAAUGGAUCUCUUCGAAUGCUGGCGCUUCGUGUCACAAACUUUUCAGGGGAAUUGCCACGUUCUAUUGGUAACCUGAAAAUGUUGUCCUUAAUAGAUCUUUUUUAUUGCAAUUUCAAUGGAUCAAUCCCAACGUCAAUGGCUAGCCUCACACAAUUGCUUUAUUUGGACAUGUCAUCCAACAACUUCGUCGAAUCAAUUCCAUCAUUCAGCAUGAGCAAGAGUUUGACCACAAUAGACCUUUCCCAUAAUAAUUUAUCAGGUCAGAUUACUUCCACUCGGUGGGAAGAACUUUUGAAUCUAAAGGUUCUUGACUUGACGUACAAUUCAUUGGAAGGAAGUAUUCCAAUUUCUUUGCUUUCCCUUCCAUCAUUGCAAGAACUAGGACUUCACAACAACCAAUUUUCUGGUCCACUCAAUGACUUGUCGAAUGUCUCUUCUUGUCUACUGGAAACCCUUGAUUUGAGUCACAAUAACUUGGAAGGGCCAAUACCCACGUCUUUGUUUUUCCUUCAAUCAUUGAUAGAGCUAACACUUAGCAAUAAUCGAUUUUCUGGUCAACUCAAUGAAUUUCCAACUGUUUCUUCUUCCCUAUUGAGGUACCUUGAUUUGAGUCACAACAACUUGGAAGGGCCAAUACCCAUGUCUCUCUUUGAGAUCCAAAGUCUUAGGAGUCUCUCACUCUCUUGGAACAACUUUAACGGCUCCUUGCAGCUUAAUGUGAUUAUGACUAUGAGAAGUCUUUCAGAUCUUGAUCUAUCCCACAACAACUUAGGAUUGGCUUCUAGCAAAUUGAAAACAUAUCCUCACUUCUUGAUAAGUCAAUCCACAUUAUCAAGUCUAGAUCUUUCAGACAAUGAGAUUCAUGGAGAGAUACCCAAUUGGAUUUGGGAACUUCCUUAUCUUAACUCAUUAAAUCUUUCUUAUAACCAUCUAGAGACUCUAGAUUUUUCUUUACUCAACAUGUCUUCUUUGACGUCCUUAGACCUUCGCUCCAACCAGCUCCAAGGGCAACUCUCAGCUUUCCCAGAACAUGCUAAAUACUUGGAUUUCUCAGGAAAUAACUUCAGCUGUGUCAUACCAGCUAAUAUUGGCAACUUCCUUACUGACACUUAUUUCUUCUCUCUUUCGAAUAAUAAGUUCAAUGGGAGUAUUCCUAGAUCAAUAUGCAACGCUACAAAGCUUUUUGUUCUAGAUUUGUCUGAUAAUUUAUUGAGUGGCAAAAUUCCUCAAUGCUUAUUUAUGAUGAGUGGGGAGCCCCAAAGUCUUCAUCUAACUCAGCUUUCACGGAAUCAAAUAGUUCAAGAGAAUCCGUAUAAACAGGAUCAAGGGAUGUCAAAUCAAGGUUUAGGGGUGCUGAAUCUAUACAGAAAUAAUCUCAUUGGCACAAUUCCUAAUGUGUUUCCAAGCAAUUGUGGCUUACAAACUUUAAAUCUUAAUGGAAACCAACUGGAAGGAAAGCUACCAAAAUUUUUGGCCCAAUGCACAUCUUUGGAAGUUUUAGACCUUGGGAACAACCACAUUGAGGAUGCCUUCCCAUGUUACUUGAAGAACAUAUCCAUGUUACAUGUCCUUGUUCUACGAUCUAACAAAUUUUACGGGCCCAUUGAUUGUCGAGGGCUUAAUGCCUCCUUGUAAGAGCUUCAAAUUGUAGACCUUGCUGCAAACAAUUUCAUCGGAAAGCUUCCAAUAAAAUACUUUUCGGAUUGGAAAGCAAUAACAGAUGAUAUAAUUGAGGUCGAAUCUGUGCUCAAUCACGUCCGAGUUGGACAGGGUGGACUGAGUGGGCCGAGGAAUGCUUACAAUCGUGGGGAAACUGGGAUAAACAUUUAUUAUCAAGAUGUGAUAACUGUUACCAUGAAAGGACAUGAGGCAAAGAUA